CGUACCUGCAGCCGCCAGCGCGGCGCCACACGAGCGCGCGUCAGGUCGGGACGGUGGGACCCUGCGGGACCGGGACGUGUUAGACGGCACUCGGGUCACAUCAGGACCACUGUCGGCUCACCAUGAGAAUCACCCUCCUUUGCACGGUCCUGCUGCUCUCGGCGCUGUGCUCGGACGGAGUUCGGGCCGCCGGCUGCAACUGUCUGCCGACCUCACAGUGCCCGCAGGCGCGGGCCGCCGGCGCGGACUCGUGCCGGGUGUUCGGCAUCAUACGCGGCUACUGCUGCCCGCGGACUGGAGGCACUGGCACGGGCACGAGCGGCGGUCUGAGGGGCAACUGCCGGCCACUCGUGCUGUGCCCAGCGGCGCUGGCCGACACAGCUAGCACCAGCGGCCAGAGGUGCCAGCUGGGCGACGGCUCGACCGGCGUCACGUGCAAGAAUAUCGGCAUCAACUUACAACAGUUCUCGCUCGGGAACCGGUUUGGUGCUGAGGGGGCCGCUGCAAGGCCUCUUUCCAGUGGACAGACGGUCACCCAGGCACUCAGGGUUGUCAGCGGCGGCGACGUGCAAGAGGCGGCCAGGGAAGCCACGCGCGACGUCCAAAACCAGCUACAGCAGGGCGGCCAGUCGGCGUCCAGGGACUCCGCAGUGGGAGUCUUCAACCUCAACUUCCGUUCCAGUCAGGCAGUGCAGGAACUCGGCCUGCGGGGCCUACAAAACCAGCUGGCGCUUCAAGCUCUCAACAGGCAGAGUGGCGGAGACACGGUGGAACUCGUCUCCAGGUUCGGGGAAGGACAGGCCGCUGCCAGCGCGUUUCCGGCGCAGCCCACACUCCUUCCCAACUGCACUGUAGCAGAGCCCAUGUUCUGCCAGAGCCGUAUCUACCGCACAGUGAACGGAGAAUGUAACAACCUCCUGCGUCCGCGCGAAGGCAGUGCGCUGACUGGCUUUAAGCGGCUGCUCGAGAGCACGUUCGAUGAUGGCUUCGCAUCCCUCCGCUCGCGGAGCGUGACAGGCCGGCCGCUGCCGAGUCCACGACUCAUCAGCGAGCGCGUGGUGGAGACCAUUUCGAGCGAACUCAAUGGCUUCACCCUGUCCGUGAUGCAGUGGGGCCAGUUCAUCGACCAUGACUUCAACCACGCGCUUGUCUUCAACCUAGGCGCCGCUGGCAGCAUCGAGUGCUGCGAGGAUGGCGGCCGCACGCUGCCGGGGACGCCCUUGCACCCGCAGUGCAUCCCCAUCUCCAUCCCGGCCGACGACCCGUUCUACAGCCAGUUCGGCCAGCGCUGCAUGAGUCUGGUGCGCUCGCUGCCGGCACCGUCCCUGGACUGCAUCGCACGCCCUUCUACGCCCAUCAAUGAGCUCACCUCACACCUGGACGCUUCCAACCUGUACGGCAGCGAGCAGGAGGAACAGGACGGACUGCGUACCUUCAGUAACGGCCUGUUGAUCACCUCCAACAACAACCUGUUGCCACUGUCCAGCACGCCGACCCGCCAGCGCACCACCCCGCGACCCACCGUCGGCCCCGGCACCGGCCCUCUGUACUUCCAACGCGGGAAGCGUUCAGCGCGCCAACGUCGACAGGCCGCGGAGGAGGAUCCGUGCGUGAACGGCGCCAGCGUUUGCUUCCGUGGCGGUGAGUCGCGCGUCAACGAGCAGAGCGCACUAACCGUCAUGCACACCAUCUUCACACGCGAGCACAACCGCGUGGCAGGCGCACUGAAGCAGAACCACCGCGACUGGGACGACGAGAAGCUGUUCCAGGAGGCGCGGCGGAUCGUGAUCGCCGAGUGGCAGCACAUCAUCUACAACGAAUGGCUGCCGAUCAUUGUCGGGUUCGACUAUGCCCGGAAUCACAACCUGCUACCGUUAACGUCCGGCUUCUCCACCUCCUACGACAUAAACGUGGACCCCAGCGCCUCCAACGAGUUUGCCACCGCCGCCUUCCGCUUCGGUCACUCAAUGCUGCGCGACAUGUAUCAUCUGAUCAACGCCAACGGCGAUAUCGUCCAAUCGAUUAACCUCACCAGGACGUUCUUCAAUCCGACUGUGGUGGGACAGAGAUUCGUCGAGCACGCGCGGACUCUGGUGGCCACGCGACCCGAGACAUUCGACGCCAACAUCAUUAGCAGUGUCCAUGAACAGCUGUUCACGACCAACUUUCGGUUUGGGUUGGACUUGAUCGCGCUCAACAUCCAGCGUGGACGUGAUCACGCAAUCCCCACGUACGUGACCGUGCUGAAGGCCUGCAGGGGCGACACCGUUUCCAGCUGGGGCGACCUCAACCGCCUUAUGGACUCCAGGGCCAUCGACCAGCUGCGCUCCCUCUACGAUGACCCACAAGAUGUGGACCUCUUCAUCGGCGGUCUGGCUGAACGGCGAGCCGCUGGUGCUCAAGUGGGGCCCACCUUCCAGUGCUUGAUCGGGCAGCAGUUCUUCGACGUGCGUUUCGGAGACCGCUUCUUCUACGACAACGGCGGCUUUCCGCACAGUUUUACAGCCGCGCAGCUGGCGGAGAUCAGGAAGAGCAGCUGGGCGCGCAUGAUGUGCGACACGCUUGGUCCCGAGUUCGGAAACGACUUCACGCAAGUGCAGCCGCUGGCGUUUGUGGAGUCCACUGUGGGCGCGAACGGCGUGGGCUCCUGCAACUCGCAGGCCAUUCCCAGUAUGAACCUAGCAGUGUUCUAGGGGAAAGCCGGCUGGAGGGGCCUUGAUCCACCUUCUCUUCGGUCCCGAAACUUUUCCGCACGAUCGCGCAUACACCAGCUUCAAUCGUUCGCGCAAGGCCGUCCACCAGAAUCCGUGACGCAAGCAGGCGACUGAUGAGGUCAUCGGUGGCCUUCACAGCAUGAUUCAUCAGAAGCAAAAUGUGCAUUUUUAUAGUCUUUUUAACAGCAUGACCGCAACCUAAGUGGUGAUAUUGAGCCUUUGAUGUGUGCCUAGACACGAAAAUAAAUGUGUUUUUAGAUGCG